AACUUAAAACCUGAAGCAUACGUUGUUGCACCUUAAUUAAUCAAAACAAAUCACUUGAACCGAAACAUAAUCAUCAUUAAAUUACAUUACAUAAAUCUCAUUAUUACUAUUGUUGGGGAAAUUCAAAUUAUAUUUCCUAAUCUUGGGGAUACAAUAUUAAUACUUGGUCAAAAAAAAAAUACUACUAAUCACAUUACUUUAAAUGUGAUAAAUGAUAAUCUUUACCUUAAUCUAUUAUUCUCACUCUGAAAAUCACGUCCUCUGAAAAGUUGACAAGUCAUUUUGAGUGUGUCAGAAUCUGUAAAUUCCACAAGAACCCACUACCUAGAGAGAGAAAAAAAUGUUACUUUUUGUGUCACAUUGAUAUAGAGAGAGAAAAUGGGGUAAGGAAAGUUUUGUUUUUUAUUAUCAGUGUUCUUAUUACAGCUACUAGUGAAGCUCCCAUUUGCCAGAUUUCAUAGAUUUGUGGUGUGAAUGUUGCAAUAGAGAUCAAAGUUUGGUUCUUUUUGUGAUUUUGUUCAUGCCCAUUUGAAGUGUUUUGAUGAUUUUGGAUCUCUACUUUGGAUUUUGAUUAGUGUUAUUUUCACUUGUUAUCCUGAUUUUGAAUUUUCAAAGCUGCUGGAACAUAAAAUUCUAUUUGUAACAAGAAGAUAUUGAAGCUGUGUCCAAUUGAGCAGGUGAAAGAAGAGGAGAAGCUAAAGAGUGUCGUAGUAUAUAGAAAUUGGUGGUGGAAAUCUAUAUACUGAUAUCUAGGUCUGGAGUCAUUAUCUAGCCUUUGCGGUGUUGCGAAAUCCAAACCUGCUUUGCUGUUGUUAUUUGCUGGAGUUUUGGCAACCAUGUUACAUUCUGACUCGAGGCGCUUAUAUUCUUGGUGGUGGGAUAGUCACAUUAGCCCAAAGAAUUCAAAAUGGCUUCAGGAAAAUCUUACAGACAUGGAUGCAAAAGUCAAAGCAAUGAUCAAGCUUAUUGAAGAGGAUGCAGACUCUUUUGCAAGAAGGGCAGAGAUGUACUAUAAGAAGCGGCCAGAACUCAUGAAAUUAGUUGAGGAGUUCUACCGAGCAUACCGUGCAUUAGCAGAGAGAUACAAUCAUGCAACAGGGGAGCUACGUCAGGCACAUAGAACUAUGGCAGAAGUAUUUCCCAACCAAGAACCUUUUAUGCUGGCUGAUGAUUCACCAUGUAGUUCUUCAGGGCCCGAGGGUGAACCACACACCCCUGAAAUGCUACAUCCAAUUCGUGCAUUCCUGGAGCAAGUUGAUGCACAGAAAGAUGCACUAGGUCUAAGCAGAAAGGGUCUAAAGCAGCUGAAUGAGAUCUUUGAUUUUUCUCAGUCAUCGGCUGAAAAACAGGAUGCGAAGAUUCAGAACCAUUCUGAGUCUGAACAGGCGGGGAGAGCAGAAAUUGAACUGGAAGCCUUAAAGAAAACUCUGACUGAUAUACAGUCCGACAAGGAUUCUAUCCUUCUUCAGUAUCAGCAGAGUUUGGAGAGUUUAUCUGAAAGGGAGAAAGAGCUUAAUAAGGCACAAAAUGUUGCUGAAGGCCUUGAUGAACGAGCAAGCAAAGCCGAAAUUGAAAUUGGAAUACUGAAGGAAGCCUUAGCAGAGCUAAAAUCCGAGAAGGAUUCUGGUCUAGUUCAAUACAACCAGUGUCUGGAAAGGAUAGCUAGCCUGGAGUCUAUGUUAUCUUUGGCUCAGCUGGAAGCAAAGGGGCAUGAUGAGAGGGCGGUGAAAGCAGACACUGAAGUUAAACGUCUCAAGGAAGAACUUGCCAGGCUGGAGGCCGAGAAGGAUGCUGGUUUGCGUCUGUAUGAAAAAUCCCUUGAAAAUAUAUCUUUUUUGGAGACCAAGAUUACCGUUGCCGAGGAGAAUUCCAGGAUGCUAAAUGAGCAAAUUGAAAGAGCAGAGUUUGAAGUUAAAGCAUUAAGGCAAAAGCUUGUCGAACUGAAUGAAGAGAAAGAAGCUGUAUCUGUCCUGUACAAGCAGUGCUUGCAGACGAUAUCUUCAAUGGAGAGUGAAAUUUUGGUCGCCCAUGAAACUUCUGAAUGGCUGAAAAAAGAAAUUGAGCUAGGCGCAGAAAAACUAAAGACCGCGGAAAAACAUUGUGACACAAUGGAGAAAUCAAAUCAUUCUCUUCAGCUAGAGGCUGACAAUCUAGUGCAGAAAAUUUCUUUAAAAGAUCGAGAGCUUCUCGAGAAGCAUAAUGAGUUUGAGAGGCUGCAGACUCUGAUGCAUGAAGAGCAUUCUCGUUUUCUUCAAAUUGAAUCUACUCUGCAGACUCUGCAAAAGUCGUACUCUCAGUCACAAGAUGAACAAAGAUCUCUUGCUUUGGAGCUCAAACACGGGCUUCAGCUGUUGGAGGACCUUGAACUUUCCAAAAAAGGUUUUAAAGAAGAAAUGCAACAUAUUGUGGAAGAAAACAAGACUUUGCAUGUGCUUAACUUCUCUUCCACUAGGACCUUAAAAGAUCAGCAAAUUGAAAUUUCUAAGUUGAAGGAGAUUAAAGAGAAUCUGGAACGAGAAUUUGUCAUAAAAGUUGAAGAAAGCAAUUACCUCCUAAAGGAAUCUCAUCAAAUAAAGGAUGAGAUUCAUGGCUUGAAUGAUAGAUACCGAGCUAUACUGGAAGAUCUAGAGUCUGUUGGUUUGAAUCCUAAAUGUUUUGCAGCAUCUGUGAUGGAUUUACGAAAUGAGAACUCAAAACUAAAGGAGGCGUGCAAAGUUGAACGAGAUGAGAAAGAAGCUCUUUGUGAAAAGUCAAAGGAUAUGGAUAAACUUUUGAGUGAAAAAGCCUUUAUGCAAUGUUCCCUAUCAAGUUUGAAUGAAGAACUAGAUGGAGUAAGAGAUGCAGUGAAGAAAUUUCAAGAGUCCUGCCAUGUUCUGAAGGAAGAAAAAUCCGUUCUUGUUGGUGAAAAAUCAGCUCUAUUGUCACAGUUGCAAAUUAUCACCGAAAGUAUGCAGAAGUUAUUGGAGAAGAAUGCCUUGCUAGAGAAGUCCAUCUCUGAUUCAAAGAUUGAGCUUGAAGGGUUAAGGACUAAAUCAAGUAGCCUGGAAGAAUUCUGCAAUUUGCUGAAUAAUGAGAAAUCUAGUCUUCUUAAUGAAAGGAGCAUCCUGGUAUCUCAGUUGGGGAGUGUCGAAGAGAAAUUAAGUAACCUGGAAAAAAGGUUUACUAAACUGGAAGAAAAAUAUUCUUAUAUGGAGAAAGACAAAGAAAAGAGUGUUAAUCAAGUGGAAGAACUUCAUGCUUUGCUUUCGGCACAAAAAGCAAAGCAUGCUAAUCACAAACAUUCAAGUGAAUCCCGGUUGGUGAAUUUGGAGAAUCUAGUUGUUCGGCUACAAGAAGAACGUCAGUUGGGGAAGGCAGAAUUUGAAGAAGAACUUGGUAAAGCUGUAAAUGCUCAAGUUGAGAUGUUUAUUUUACAAAAAUGUAUGGAAGACUUGGAGCAGAAGAACAUGGGCUUAUUAUUUGAAUGUCAAAAACAUGUUGAGGCAUCGAAAUUUUCUGAAAAAGUUAUUUCUGAGUUGGAGGGUGAAAACCUUAUGCAGCAGAUGGAGGUAGAGUUCUUGCUUGAUGAAAUUAGAAAAUUCAAAAUGGGGAUUAAUAAAGUGUUUGGAGCUCUUCUUGUUGAUCCAGACAGGAGAUACGACAAAGGGUUCAAGCAAGAAGAAAUUUCCAUAUCACAUAUUUUGAACAAUAUUGAGGGGUUGAAAGGUUCCCUUAUGAAAACUCAGGAAGAGAAGCUGCAGCUACUUGUAGAGAAUUCUGUCCUCCUGACAGUACUUUCACAUCAAGAAUCUGAAGGAAAAGAACUGGAUUCCAAGAAAAGGAACCUUGAGCACGAGUUUGAAAAUGCGAGACAGCAGAAUGUGAUGUUGCAGAAAGUUAAGCUUGAACUACAGGAGAUGAACACGCAACUUAGGUUUGAAUUGACCGAGGGAGAAGAAAGGGAGAACGCGUUGAAAUCCGAAAUGGAAAUUCUUCAUAUGAAAUUAGUAGAUUUGCAGAAAGCAAAUCUUAUGUUUCAGGAAGAAAAUCGUAAGGUACUUGAAGAGAAAAAUUCACUAAUUAAGAGUGUUUCAGAACUCAAAGAUGCAAAGUCUGCUGCUGAAGAUGAAAACAGUGUGAUGUUCCAUGAGGCACUGAAUCUAGAAAGCCUUAGCAUGGUUUAUGAGAGCUUUUUCAUUGAGAAGGUCUUGGAACAAAAAGAAUUGUCCAAACAUCUGAGUGAUCUUCACAGCAUGAACAAUAACCUCAAACAGGAGCUUGGUCUGUUAAGGGAACAGUUUGAGGCAAAAGAAGCGGAGAAUGUUUAUCUGAAGGAGUCAGUUGAGACGAUGGAUAAAGAUCUGCAGGAAGCCAGAAAUUCAAAUGAUGAUUUAAGUCAUCAAAUUGAAAGUUCAGAGAAUCUUCUUAUGAAGAAGAAAACAGAACUGUUAGAAAAAGAGGAGAGGCUAAAGGCCGUGGAAAUGUUGAACGCAGAGUUUUGCAGAAAUGUUGAAAAACUCAAAAUGGAACAACAAGAAUCAAGACUGGUCAAUGAAAAUCUUGAGAGGCAGAUUCUUGAACUAUCGGAAGGUUGCGUGAAUCACAAAAAAGAAAUUGAACUCCUCAAUGAAGCAAAUAGAAAUAUCGUGUUAGAGAUGAGAUCAUUACAGCAGGAAGUGGAACAGCAGAAGGCUAGAGAAGAAACGUUGAACUCGGAGCUGAUGGAUAGAACAAACGAAUUUCAACUUUGGGAGGCAGAGGCUGCUACAUUCUAUUUUGAUCUUCAGAUUUCAUCCAUUAGUGAAGCAUUGUUGGAAAAUAAGGUGAAUGAGCUUAGUGGGGUUUGCUCAAGACUUCAAGAUGAGAGUGCCGCGAAGACCUCGGAGAUUGAAAAAAUGACAGAAAGAGUUGGCCUUUUGGAAAGUGAAAUUGGAGGACUGAAGGGUCAUUUGUCUGCAUAUGUUCCGGUCAUUAGUUCUUUGAAAGAGGAUUUCGCUUCCUUAGAGCACACCAUCCUUCGAACAAAUAAAGCAUCUUUUGUAUGCAAUCAAGAACCAAAGGAUGCCGAAAUUGAAACUGGUAUCGGAGAAAACAUCAAUCCAAGUGUAACAGAAAACAAAAGUGCUUUGACGCUGGACGGUGUUUCUGAUUUGAUAGGCAUGAAGGAAAGGAUUAGAGAAGUUGAAAGGUCCAUGGUGGAAGAAAUUGAAAGACGUGUCAAAGAAGAAAAUCUAUCCUCUAAAACCAAUCCAGGAGGAAAAGACUACAGAAAAGUGGAGAAGCUACUCAGGGACGAGAACACAUUCGAUCUCAACACAUGGAGAACAAAAUCCGAAAAUGGAUCACUGAUGAAAGAUAUUCCUCUUGAUCACAUAUCAGACAACCCAGCUUCUAAGAAUCGCAGGAGAAAGAAUAGCGGGACUGAUGAUGGUAUGCUUGAGUUAUGGGAAACCGCUGAACAGGACUGCUUUGGUGAUGGUUCAUUGGUUAGCAAAGCAAUGAAAAGGAAUUCUGAUCCAAUGGAGGACAUUAUUACGUGCCAUCAGUCGGAUGCUUCGGGGAAAUGCAUGAACACCUCUUCAGAAUUGGAGGCAGAAAAGGAAUUAGGUGUUGACAAGCUUCACCCGGCGAAAAGUAUAAAGGAGAGAACGCAAGAUGGCAAGAGGAGGAAGGUAUUGGAGAGGCUUGUCUCGGAUGCACAGAAACUGAACACUCUUAAGAUGAGUGUGCAAGAUUUGAAAAUGAAAAUGGAGACAAAGAAGAGAGGCAAAAAAGGAGAUUACACUGAAUAUGAAACAGUUAAAAGACAAGUAGAAGAUGUUGAAGAAGCUGUUGUGAAAUUAGCAGAUACUAAUGAUAACCUGACAAAGGAGAUCAAAGAGAGUGUUCCGUCUUCCAGCAGAGAUAAUUCGGUGGAGUUGGAAAAGAGCAGACUCAUCCAAAGAAAAAGAGUGAUGGAGCAGGCACGAAAAAGUUCGGAAGAGAUAGGACGAUUGCAGUUUGACAUGCAGAACAUUCAAUAUGUUUUGCUGAAAUUGAGUGAUGAAAAGAAGCACAAAGGGAAGAACAGAUUCUCUGGGAAAACAGUGGUGUUUCUGAGGGACUUUAUUCACAUUGGAAACAAGAGUAGUAGCAAAAAGCGCAGCAAAGGGUGCUUCUGUGGAACCUCAAAGACUACAACUAAUGAAGACUAAGAAAAUCUAGUCUCUCACUGUGUUGUAAAGUACUUUACUUGAGAUAUUUCUAUUCUAAUCUAGCGUAUCAAUUCUUAGAUUAGGCUUGAGGUUAGAACUUAAAUGAUCAUAGUAACUUAUUUCAGAUCUCUAUGUUUUUAGCUUUAAACAAAACUUGUACUGUUUAGCUGAGGAAUAGUUGUGUGUGGCAACUUAUGAAAGCAUGGAUCAGAAAAUAAGCUGUUUUUUCA